GGGACUCACUGACAAGCUCUAUCCGUCACCAGAUGAAGGCAGUUACCCACAACAGCAAGCAUCCUGGAGCAGAAGUGGUCAUCCACAGGAACGGGGCUGACGCCCUCCAGCUAGGCGGACUGGUAGGGUUAGAGUUGAGACGCUGAUGGGCAGGAUCGCACUUUGACCCGGCCUGCUCAGUUAUGCAUUGCUCUUUCCCCACCUGCCCAAAUUCAGUUUCUGUGUGAGCUUAAGUCUCAUGUCAGUACCCCAGACAGACCCACCAAGCCCAUGUAGAGAGACCCUCCACUCGUGCUGUCCAGUUAUCCUCACUAUGUGGUCCAAUUGCUCACCUGUUUCCAUGUCUGAGCGCCUUCACCCACCCUCAGCAGGAAUCCUACCAGGGUGAAGUAGCAGAACUCCUGACUCCAUGCCUGGAUUCCAGUAAAUCCCUCCUGCACGGCUGCUGUUGGCCAGCAGACCUCCACUUGUGUGUACUGAAGGAGAGUCCAGACCUACCGGCAGCAGUGUUGACUGCACACAGCUUAGUGGUGCAGCACCUGCCCAGCAGGAGCGAACUAUGUCCAGUCUUUGACACCGGGGAGGAAGUCGACGGCAAAGCCUGCUUCUCUUAUUACAACAGUUCCUGCCUGAAACCUGCCUUCACCACCCUACUCUUCAGCUCUGGCUUCGUUUAAAAACCUUGCACACACAGCUACAUACCCAUAAACACACAUGCGUUUGCUUACCCUCUCACAACCCACCUGGCCCCCAUCAGGAUCCCAUGGGUAUACAGGCUGAUUUGAGUCCUCGAUGAAAAUGAGAAACCCCUACAGAACAUGCCCUAAGUACCAAUGUCUACUCUGAGUUUUCUAGCUGUGAACAGGAGGGUGGAUCUUCUUCCUCUACCCUUCCUUCCCUGAACAGUUCCUUCUCAAACCACACUGAGUUCAGCUCAGCGGGGUCUAAGCCGUAAAUCAGUUCACCUUCUAGAAUCAACCUAAGCACACACAGAGGGCUAGCUGAUGCCUAUUGGAUAAUUUGUUUCCAUUUCUUGAUUUGGUUGACACUCACCGCUCAAGUGCCUGGACUCUUCCAGUCGUCCCUCUUUUUGGUUUCUCUGUGGUUCCUACUCAGGACAUGUCACCUCCUAGCCUCAGCACUGUGGGGCCCUCAGAGUUCACUCGCUGCCACUGUUUACUUCCUCACCUGAUGUCCUCUGCCCUUCCCACUGACCACAGGCUAGUCUUCCCUGGAGGUCUUGUCACACAUCCCCUCCUCUGAAGCCUCCCACUUCUGCAGGACUUAGAACCCCUGUCCCUCCUUGCUUGUUGGGCCCUGGACAGGAACUCACUGGACUCGCGUAUUCUGUUUCUCCAACAGACUGAGCCCAGAGCGGUCCUAGGCUUUCUCUUUCCCUAGUAUUUGGUGUCAAACGGUUGCUUAGGAUGCUCUGCCCUGCUGGAAGCCACAGGAAAGUCACACCCAAGGAGGAGUGGGUGGAGCUGUCACGACAGCUGUGGGUGGCGGGAGGUUGGCACGGGUUGAACAGUCACAGCGGGAACCACUAACCCCCAAGCUCGUGGGACCUUCGGCCUCAGACCGGGGCCACCUAACUCUCAGCUGGGGUCUGUUGCUCUUUUGCUUCUUGAUGUUGGUGCGAUCCUCCGAAAAGAGGGUAUUAAAUGACAAGUUCCAGGGCUGGCCAUCAGACGGGCAUGCUGUAAGCUCUUGUCCCACACCUGCCAAUGGUUUGCUCCUUAGCCUUUGUGUGCACCUCAUCUCGUGGUUCUUUCUUCAGUAGUACAAAAUAUUCCACCCUCCCUGCAUACCCUUCUGCUCUUGGGAAGUACUGCUCUUUGAGGCCUUCUCUUGUCACUUCCUUCCUACAAAAAGAACCUGUCUUGAGACCCAAAGAGGUAUGACUGGGAAGGGUAAGGUAUAGUUCACAUGUGGGAAGAACUAUCGAAAGGGCUUCCAGAAUUCCUCUGAAGUGUCUCCUCCAAACACAAUCCAGACAGCCGUUCUGGAUCUAUCAGCAGGUUUUGCUCAAUGGUAGGAGGUGACUGGUCUGUCUUCCUGAUGGAGUGGCGUGAUCUACGAGCAGGGUAAGGCCAGGAAAGCACUGCCACAGAAGCAGGAAAGGCUGGAACCAAGAACCAGGGUGACGGAAGGGCAUCUGCAGUGGGAUCAAAGGCCUCUCAGGUACCCAAGGAGGCCCUGCUCACUUACCUGGCUCACUAAGGUAUCGGCACACAAAGAUGUCAGCAAAGGCCUGUUGAACAGCCUGCCGCUCUCCUGUCUGGGAAACAUGGAGGAGUGCCCGUGUGCACUUGCUCGUCUGUAGAAAAUGAACCUGUUCGUGGUACUAGACUCUACGGCUUCCUCCCUUUACACUCCUGCUAAAACAAAACAAACACAGAGCCAGGUAUCAGCCACGGUAACGUCCCUGCCACAGGAUGCUGCUUGGCUGUGACAGGGAGGUGGGGAGGAAAGUUGCCCCCCCCCCCCCCGGGAGGCCUGCUUCAUUUCAGCUCCGUUUCUAUGUCCCCCACAGGCUGAGAUUCAGACCACAUAUGUAACAACGGAGCCAUCAGCAUCAGGAAAUUCAAGAGCAGUCACUGUUCUGCUCUGACUGGGAGCAAUGAGCCAGAUCUUCCUGAGUUAAAGAGCUGAAGGUCCAGUGGUUGUGUUCCACAGGAAGAGGCCAGGAGCAGAGGGGCAGGGGCAACAGGAGGGCAGGCGGCUGAAUCACACACGAGUGCAUGGUGUCCAUUGGUGGGGCCAUGUCUUUUCGUUCCGCCCCCAGUUUGGAAUGUUGGAACACAUAAAAACAGAACAGACAAGGAGCCGUCUAGAGUCCUGGCGUGAGAGUGCUCCUUACUCCCGAAGACGCUCCUCCUAUGCUGUACUGGAGCCUGGGAGCCUGGGGUGAGGAUGGUGACAGUCUGGUCCGCGCUGGACAAUGAGGAGACUCUGUCAUCAGUUAGGACCUGGUCAAAUGAGGUCCAGUCAGAACUAAGAGCCCCUCUGUAGGGCUUUUGUUUCUUUGCAAUUCUAACUCCAGUCGAAUUUUAUCUUCGAGAAUCUAAGCCAGCAGGUUUAGGAUAAACCACAGGUCACGAAAACACAUCUUCCGUCGAUUCGAUCCUUGUCCUCUCCAUCUUCCUUGAUCUUGACGGGCAUUUCAUAAAACCAUCAGCUUGUUCGUUAAAAGAUCUGGAAAGCCUCACAGGGUCUAAUAGUGUUAACACUUUAGAAUCUCAGAGUCGCUGAGCCAGACGGCGCGGCCUGCGGGAUAGGGUCGCAAAGCUGGUAGUCCUAGGGCAGCCAUGGCACUUCCGGUUCCUGUUCCUAGCCGCGGCACUUCCGCCCGUGCGGCUCGUUGGCAUGGAGGCCAGCUGGUCUUCCCCGGUGAGCGCCGUGGACGCCGCAGACCCGCAGCUGCAGCGUUUCGUGGAGGUGGAGACGCAGAAACAGCGGGUGCAGCUGCUGGUCCACCACAUGACGGAGCUGUGCUGGGAGAAGUGCAUGGACAAGCCCGGGCCCAAGCUGGACGGCCGGGCCGAGGUCUGCCUGGUGAACUGCGUCGAGCGCUUCAUCGACACGAGCCAGUUCAUCUUGAAUCGACUGGAGCAGAUCCAGAAAGCCAGACCGCUCUUCUCCGAAAGCCUCUCUGACUGAUCUCGCCCUUUCCCUCCUUGGAAAAGGAAGGAUCUACAGAGAAGCAUGCACAAGGACACAGGACUUUCCUUUAACCAGAAAAAUCCCACGUCAAGAACAUGUAUACCUCAGCUUAGAGUUCAGAGAAGCAGAAAGCAGAAAUUUCCCCUGGCUGUGGGGUUGAAACAGGAAACUACCCAGGAACCCUCUGCAGACGAAACCGGGGAUUCCCAGCUCCCAGGACAGGUGGACGGUUUUCACAAGAAACAUUCUCCAUGCGGCUUCCACCUCUGCCCCGGCCUCUUGAAAAUGGAAGCUCCGAGAGGCUACCGGGUUCUCGCCGGUUUGCAGUGAGACCCUAGCAUGUGUGCCUGAGGUGAAUCUGCCACUGGGAAUUAUUCAUAGGUUGCAUAAAGAAAUCUUUCAGAGUUGAUAAGGAGCAGUCAUGUCUUUCUGUACUUGACAGUACAGUGCCUGCCUUCUGGAGACAGAAGGUCGUCACUGCCUUGAGCAGGUGGAAUGCCUCACACCUGGGUUGUUGAGGUGUGAACAAUGCUGCCUGUCCCAGAACCACACAUGUUGGUCCAGGGGACUGUAAGGUCUUAGCUGGUGCUAGAGCUACAUAGGUUAUGGAUUCCUUCCCUCAGAGGGGACCUGAGCUAGAAGGACAAGCCUCAUAUUGGUAGGGGAUGGGUUUCCCUGAUCAUUAAAGGAGAAGUAGGAUUUCUACAGUGUUUCUCUAUUACUGCCAGGACCAUUACAGCUUGGAUGGUCCUCCCUUCCCCCUUGCCCACGUUCAAGUCCCAAUUCCAACAACCUGAGAAUGUGUAUAGAAGGCCAAGUGGACGGAGCCUGAUCUACAGACUGAUGCUGAUGUUCAGAGGAGGAGAUCAGGACACAGAAAGAUGGCAGAGACCCGGGAAAGGCAGCCUCAGAGGAGGCCAGCUCUGCCUGUGUUUUUACCAGGGGCAUGCAGGCUCCAGAGCUGUGAGGAAAAGCAUCUCUGUGGUGGAAGUAGCCUGGUCUGUGGUACUUGGUUACCCAGCCCAAGCAGAUGAACACAGCUCUCAAUGGACACCCACAU